AUGGCGGCCGGUAAGGACGGGGCGUUGGUGGUCUUCGACGUGGCAAUUUCCCGUGCUGCCGCGGCGGGUGGGCCUGCUUCUUUCCUGAUCAUUGCAGCAGUCGCACAGGCGUUGCAACAGCUGGUGCUGAUCGUGUUGCAAGUGGUCGUUGCAGCAUCGGCGCAGCUGAGAAGUGAGGUCUCGGGCAUCUUCGAUGCAAAUUGCGGCUACCUGGUCAGCUCGACGGACCUUACAGCAGAGUCUUGCCCGAAUUAUUGGCAUGCUCCGCUGGAUGUCAUGGCCAUGCUGCUGCUGGUGUGCGGCAUUGUGAUGUCCUUUGUCUUCUUCUUUGUCGUGCCCUUUCGGAAGUUUAUGUCGGCCGCACCUUCUAGAUGGCUUGGACGGCUACUCUGGCGAAGCUUGCGAAGACCCAAGCUGGUCAGCGGUGAGAAGGAAAUUCGGUGGCCCACAUCCCUGUGGCCACUUUCGGGCAUUGCAAUCACUCUGGGGGUCUGGAAUGACUUGGUCGUGGAGGUGGAAGACUGCUCAGGACGCCAGGAACUGAUGGAGGGCACACCACGAGAGGAGGAUCGCCAAGCAGAUCGAAGCGAGGUCGCCACGGGCGCGAACUUCAGCUUAGUCUCCUGGCGAGCCAUGUCCGAUGCCUCCUGGCGCCUGAUGGCGCUCUGCUGGUUGCCUAUCCCAGUCAUGGGGCCAUUUCUGUGCAAAGCCGCAGAGUACCUGAACAGCCACACGCUCCUGGCGGUCGGCCGCGAUGGCCCUGCGCUGGCUGCCAAGUUGAAGGAAGUGCCGAGCGUCUCCUUUGAGAGCGUCCACGGCCGCGAUGAGAGGUCGCUGCGGUCACUCUUUCUGCAG